CGAUCCGAGUAUGCAGAUGCAAGCUUUUCGACCACAUGUUUAGACCUUCUUCCCUGACUGCUCGGCCCUGACCUGCUCUGACUGGAACCAAAGUUUCAGUUCCUUGCACGCCUUCUAGAACCAAUUGAGGAAGGAUUCCGGAAAGAGUCAGGGCUUCGUGAAACCCGCAAAAAUGGAAAUCAUCCUCUCCAUCAAUGCGGGCUCCUCCAGCGUCAAGAUCUCCGUCUACAAAGCCGAGCCUUCGUCUUCCAGACCUCACCAGCUCGCCGAAGCCACCAUCGAGGGCCUGACGGCCCCUCCCGUGAAACUCAAGUACUCACGUGGCGACGAGACCAUCAAGGGCAACGAACUGCAAGAUAUCGCCUCCCAAGAAGACGCCUUCAAGUACAUCCUCACCCACCUCGAGAAUGACCCCGGCCUCCCCGAGCUCUCCAAAACCGAUGACAUCCACUUCACGUGCCACCGCGUCGUGCACGGCGGUGACUACCCGGCCACGCAGAUCAUCGACAAGGAGACGUACCACCACAUUGAGGAGCUGAGCGAUCUUGCACCGCUGCACAAUGCGCCUGCAUUGAGCAUUGUGCGGGCUGUGAGCAAGAUGUUGCCAAAUGCGAAGAAUGUGGCGUAUUUUGAUAGCAGCUUCCAUGCGACGAUUCCGAGGCAUAUUUGCACGUAUCCGAUUGACCAAAAGGUCGCGGAAAAGAACAAGCUGAGGAAGUAUGGGUUCCAUGGGAUCAGCUAUCAGUUUAUCACAGAUGCUGUCGCCUCGCACCUCAAAAAAGACCCCAAAACCCUCAGCAUCAUCGCCCUGCACCUCGGCUCUGGCGCCUCCGCCUGCUGCAUCAAAAAUGGGCGCUCCCACGACACCUCCAUGGGGCUAACCCCGCUCGCCGGCCUCCCCGGCGCCACCCGCUCCGGCUCCAUCGACCCCUCCCUCAUCUUCCACUUCACGCACUCCGCGGGCUCCCUGUCCCACGCCGCCGCCGGCCACAUGCACAUCACGCAGGCCGAGGAGAUCCUUAACAAGAAGAGCGGCUGGAAGGCGCUCACGGGGACCACGGACUUUGGAGAGAUCAGCAGCAGCGACGAGGAGAUGAAGACAUUAGCGUUUGACAUUUUUGUCGAUCGGAUCACGAACUAUGUGGCGCCGUAUUUUGCGAAGCUGGACGGGGAGGUGGAUGCGCUUGUGUUUGCGGGCGGGAUUGGAGAGCGGGGUUCCAAGCUCAGGAAAGAGGUUGUGAGAGGCGUGGAGUGUCUGGGGUUUAAGCUCGAUGCAGAGAAGAAUGAGAAGCCCGAGGACGAGGUGGUGGUGGAUAUUAGCGCAGCAGAUGCGAGGUUCAGGACGUUGAUUUGCCAGACAGACGAGCAAUUGCAGAUGGCGAGGGGGGUAUUGGGGGAUAGGCAGCGGCUUAUGCAGAAGAAGACGUGAGGCUGAAUAACGUCUCCAUGGUACAUCUCAAAGAAUGAGGGCUAGCUCUGAAGCCUUACGGGCCUCGUCACAUUGCGAACCAAUGCGUAGAACUUGGAGUCAGCUUAACGGUGUUGAGUCUGGUACCAUAUGUAUCAGCAACGGACAAGUAGAGAUUCCAAUGCUAUGGACGAAGACACAGGGGCACUUUCAGGUGCCCAAGGCCGUCGAUAAGGAAAAGAUAGUGUAGGAGUCGAUGGAAGUCUAAAACGUGUUGUUGACGCCAGUGAGACCCUGACAGCGAUGUGGAGGGCAUCUACAUUUACACGACUGAAUUAAGCCAGGUAGCUAAGGUAUCCAGUGAAAUGCUUAGCCUUACUACCAGCCACGCCAGGACCAUCUUAGCUGUAAUUGCAUCUGCACUGCUGUAGUAGUAUUUG